GCACUUUUUAAUGUCUGUAAUCAUGAGUUCGCCGACCUCAGUUCUACUAGAAACGGUCAACUUUGCAGCAGAGAAACAUCGAAAUCAGCGCCGUAAAGACCCAGAUGCCACACCUUACAUCAAUCAUCCCAUAGGUGUUGCAAGGAUUUUAAGUAAUGAAGGAGGAAUCACAGAUAUCGAAGUUUUACAAGCAGCUUUGCUUCAUGAUACAGUAGAGGACACUGACACAACUAUUGAUGAGCUGGAAUCUGUUUUUGGACCGACAGUAGCGAGAAUCGUCCAGGAAGUGACAGAUGACAAGACCCUGCCAAAAGAGGAGAGAAAACGUCUACAAGUGGAGCAUGCACCACACCGCAGCCAUCAGGCCAAGCUGGUUAAACUAGCUGACAAGUUGUAUAAUUUACGGGACCUCAAUCGUUGCACCCCUACGGGUUGGACACAACAGAGGGUUCAAGAAUAUUUUGUAUGGGCAUCUCAAGUUAUAAAGGGGCUUCGUGGCACCAACGCUGAACUUGAGGAGAAACUGCAGAAGCUCUUUUUAGAGAGAGGAGUGGAAAUAUGAGCUGGUUGAAAAGAGGGUGCUGUACAAUGCAAUUGAUUCUCAUGUGGUGUACUUUAUCUUAAUAUAGAUCUAUAGUUAUUAUGAAUAGGAUUUUUUUAUAAUGGGAUUUUUUUUUCACAUUUUCUCCUUGGUUAUUAAAAAAAUAAAUACGGGCAUGGUAUUGAAUUAUGAAAUAAAAUGUAAGUUUUGUGAAAGCUGAUAAA